AUGUACCGGAUAAUAUUUAUUACAUGGUCACUAAGGAGAGCCACCGAUGAUCUCUAUGAUGCUUUCUUGGUUGUCAAUUUUAUUAGUGAGACACGGAUUUUGGAAAUGAAUGCCGAUGAUGAGUUGGAAGAAACUGAGAUAGAUGGAUUUUGUUCUCAAGUCCAGACUUUGUUCUGUCAUGAUGUUGUGUACAAUCAACUUGUGCAGGUUACUUCAAGCUCUGUAAGAUUGGUUAGCUCUACCUCUAAAAUGCUGCGUGAUGAAUGGACUGCCCAUCUGGCCACUGCUAAUGCCACCCAAAUAUCUUAUUUGCUAUGCGCCCUUGGAGAUGGCCAUCUCUUAAACUUUUUACUGAACAUGAGCACUGGGGAGUUAACAGAUAGGAAAAAGAUAUCCUUGGGAACCCAGCCCAUAACUCUCUGUACUUUGUCAUCAAAGAAUACCACCCAUGUUUUUGCUGCAUCAGACAGACCAACUGUCAUAUACAGCAACAAGAAAUUACUUUAUAGCAAUGUGAAUUUGAAGGAAGUCAGUCAUAUGUGCCCUUUCAACUCUUCUACUUUCCCAGAUAGUCUUGCAAUUGCCAAAGAAGGGGAGCUUACAAUUGGCACAAUUGAUGACAUACAAAAGCUUCACAUUCGCUCCAUCCCUCUUGGGGAGCAAGCAUGCCGUAUAUGCCAUCAAGAGCAGACUAGAACCUUUGGCAUAAUUAGUUUGAAGUACAACCAAUCAAGCAUAGAUGAGUCUGAAAUGCACUUUGUUCGCUUGCUAGAUGAUCAAACCUUUGAAUUCAUAUCAACAUACCCACUUGACCAGUAUGAGCAUGGUUGCUCCAUUCGAAGCUGCUCAUUUUCUGAUGACAACAAUAUGUAUUAUUGUGUUGGGACAGCUUAUGUCAUGCCUGAGGAGAAUGAGCCCAGCAAGGGUCGUAUACUGGUCUUCAUAGUUGAAGAUCAAAAGUUACAGCUAAUUUCUGAGAAGGAAACCAAGGGGGUUGUUUACUCCCUGAAUGCCUUCAAUGGAAAGCUGCUCGCUGCUAUUAAUCAAAAGAUUCAGUUCUACAAGUGGAUGUUGCGGGAUGAUGGUAGCCGUGAGUUGCAGUCUAAAUGUGGGCAUCAUGGGCACAUACUUGCCCUUUAUGUUCAAACUCGUGGGGAUUUUAUUGUUGUCGGUGAUCUGAUGAAAUCAAUCUCCCUAUUAAUCUAUAAGCAUGAGAAAGGUGCUAUUGAAGAACGAGCUCAUGAUUACAAUGCAAAUUGGAUGUCAGCUGUUGAGAUUCUUGACGAUGACAUCUACCUUGGUGCAGAGAACAAUUACAACCUGUUCACUAUCCGGAAGAAUAGUGAAGGCGCCACUGACGAGCGGGGCCGUCUUGAGGUGGUUGGCGAGUACCACCUUGGUGAAUUUGUCAACCGAUUCCAACAUGGUUCACUUGUUAUGCGCUUGCCAGAUUCUGAUGUUGGUCAGAUCCCCACUGUAAUUUUUGGCAUUGUUAAUGGUGUGAUUGGUGUGAUUGCCUCCCUCCCUUAUGAACAGUAUCUCUUCUUGGAGAAGCUCCAAUCAAAUCUGAGGAAAGUGAUAAAGGGUGUUGGAGGAUUGAGUCAUGAAUAG